AUGAAGGCAAAUUCAGUAAUUCGCAAUGUGUCUUUUGAUGAUUUUGCAAACAUCAUUGGUUUAGCAACAUGUUCAGGAUUUACUGUAAUAUAUUCUUCAUCUGGAGAGUUUCUAACUGAUGUUAGAACAAAAGAUGAUAGAUUAUGCCCUUAUGGCUGCAAUUUAAUUUCCACAUUCGGAAUGUCUAACAUCAUAGCUCUUACAUACCUCGACUACAAUACAACAGACGUCUUUAUUUGGGAUAGAUUUAAAGCAAAACUUUUAACUACUUGCCAUUUCGAAGCCCCUAUUACGGGUAUUAAACUUAGACCAGAUAUUAUAAUCGCUUCUUCCCAGAAAUGCAUUUACGUAAUGAAUUUAUCCGAUUUCAAGAUUGUCGCUCAAUUCGAAACAGCAUUUAAUCGCGAUGGCAUUUUUGAUCUCACACCAUCUCAUAUUAUCAACAUGAUCGUUUUUCCAGCAGCAGAAACAGGCGUUAUCGGAAUUAUUGAUAUUUACGAUAAAUCAGUUCCACCACGCUAUAUACAUUGCUUUAAGACAUCUAUUCUUGGCAUUAAAGUCAGCCAGAAUGGCCGCUUAAUUGCAAUCGCAGGAGAUGAAGGAAGGCAAAUUAAUAUUUAUAAUUAUCCAUCUCUUCAAAUUGUUGCUCGUCUAAAGAGAGGAAAUUGCAGUAAGAUCAAUUCUAUCUCCUUUGAUGAACAUAGAAAUCGCUUAGCUUUGAUUGAUAAUACAGAAACUUUUCUUGUCUUCGAUUUACACCAACAAACCGAAGAUGAUGCAAUAAGGCCAACAAUGAAACUCAAAUACAGCGAUAAUCCUCCAAUGUGGAUUAAUUUCAAUGCAAAAGUUAGUGGCAUCGUUGGUGUUACGUCCAAUGGAGGUUUAUUCAAAGUCGCUACAAAUUCUGACGAAAAGUCUGCUAUUUGUGAACCAAUUAUUUCGAGAUUGAAGAUCAAAUAA